AUGGGGUUUCACCACCGAAAGAUCACUCCAGAGUGGCCCAAAGCCAAUUCUGAGUCUGAACGUUUCAUGCGAACAAUUCAGAAAACCCUCCGCGCUGCCCACCUCGAAAACAAGAAUCGGAAGCAAGAACAGUUUCUUUUCCUCAGAAACUACCGUGCGACGCCACAUUCCACCACAGGAAUUUCCCCUGCCGAACUCAUCUUUGGACGAAAAUUAACCGUCAAGUUACCGGAAGUAGUCCCCACGUCACCAUCACGAUCCCAAUUCGCCGAUAUUGAUCUCAAAAAGAAGGAAAAGAUGAAAGAGUAUCCUGAUACCGCAGCCAAAGCAAAACCACACAACUUUCAAGUUGGUGACACUGUUCUCGUUCGUCAAAAACGCGUCAAUAAACUAUCGUCACCGUACAACAAACAUCCAUACACUAUCGUCAAGAUCAAAGGUAGUAUGAUAACGGCAAGAAACGCAACCAGCUACAUAACAAGAAACAGCUCGCAGUUGAAGAAAAUCACCAUCACCACACAUCAACAAGAUCAUGAAACAGACCCUUUUGACGAUGAGGAGAUCACCAUUCCAACACCGGACCAUCCUACGGAAAUUAGGCGUUAUCCCACAAGAGAAAAUAGAAGAACCCCAGAACGCCUAAACAUUGAAUAUCAGCAUUAA